AUGAUGUAAAUGACGGACCAAUGGAGUACGACUUUAAAUAUGUGAAUUAUUACACGAGUUCUACAAUUAAAUAUGAUACUUUCAAAAAACAUUUUCAAAAUAACAGCUAUUCAAUAACAUCUCACAAACGAAAACUUUCUCUAUCCUGUGUAUAAGAUCGAUUUUUCAUAAAUUAAUCUUUGAUUAAUUUUACUUUAUUUUCUUAUAAUACGUAUAUUAGUGUGUCCCUUAUUUUGAAAAUUCUUCGGGCUCACCCCCCAAAUUUGUGUGUGUACAUAUAAAAAGUGACUACAAAAAAUUUCAGGCCGAUCAGAUAAGUUUAACUCGUGCCGACUUGGGGUUGAAAAUCGGCCAAAAGGGGCCGAUUUUAUUAUUCGAUUUUAUUGAAAAGCCUGGUUUAACUGUACUGAACCGUCCAAAGCUCCGAAUAACCACUUAAAUUUGAUCAAAAAAUUAAAGUUAAAUGAAAAAGAACAACUGUUAAUUCCGAAAGCAAUGUUAAACAAAAUUUGUAAUCAUUUAUGGUACUUAACAGAGGAAACAGCUGCUCUAACAUUUUUUGACGAUUCCAUUUCAACCGAAAUAAAAAAAUUAAAGGUUGUAUUCCUUAAUAAUGAGUCAAUAAUAAACCCUAGCAAACGUUUUAUUCUUUCAUUGAGUGAUAUUGACAAAUCAUUUUCAGAAAAAACUGCAGCUUCUUUUUUGUCAAAAAGCAGUAUGAAAUUUUUUAAACGAUUCGAUAUCAAUACUAAUUUUUUAAAUUUGGAUCCAAGUAAUUGGAAUACUGAUAAUUUUUAUUUACACGGAAAAGAAAUUGUAUGUUCACUUAAAGUAGUAAAUGACUCUGCAGAGAGAGUGGUUAAGCUAAUGGAAGAUUUUCAUGAAAGUUUAACUAUAAACGAUGAAAAAGCUGAGUUACUUUUACGCUGUGUCCAAGAGCACAGAAUAUUAUAUCCUAAUUGCCACAAAGAACCAUUAAAACAUAGUUUUUAAUGUAUAUUUUUUUUAUAAUUUGUGAAUUAUUUUAAAUAUAACAUUUUGUAUUUUAUGUAGUAAUUUUUUUUUUAUUGAUACAAUAAUAUUAAAAAGUAAGUAUAAUUAUGGGAUUAAG